AUGAUGGACGAACUUGAAUCGAAUAAUGAUGAAUUAAGAAGUAGUACACGAAGUAAAUUAGAUGGUGAUCCUAAGAUUGGUUGUUUAUGUAAUAAAAAUGGCUUACUUUUAAAAACAUAUGGGUGGGUAGUUAAAAAUGCUAUAGGAAUUAUAUUGUUAAUACAUGGAUUAAAAGCUCAUACUCGAUUAACUUUUAUGAAAAUAAAUAUAAAAAUGCCAAAUGGAAGUGAAGACUUAGUAGUAGACACUAAUAAUUACUAUAUUUAUAAAGAUAGUUGGAUUGAAAAAUUUAAUCAAAAUGGUUAUUCAGUAUAUGGGAUAGAUUUGCAAGGACAUGGGGAAUCACAGGCAUGGAAAGAUGUAAGAGGAGAUUUUACUUGUUUUAAUGAUCUAGUUGAUGAUGUAAUACAAUAUAUGAAUCAAAUUCAAAAUGAAAUCUCGAAUGAAAAUCAAACGGAUGACAAAUCACAUGAUAUAAUAACAACCAAAAAACAAAAGCUUCCUAUGUAUAUUGUUGGACAUUCGAUGGGAGGAAAUAUUGCUUUAAGGAUAUUACAAUUAUUAGGGAAAGAAAAUCAAUAUAAAACUAAUUCUGGAAAGUCAAGUAACUAUAAAAAAUGUAACAUCAUUUUAGACAGUUCUACUGAUAUUAAUGAAAUUGAUAAUGAUCUGGUAGAAAAUAUGAUUAAUGAUAACUCUGUAAAACACAUUUCGAAUAAGCGCUGCAUUACGAAUCCUAAAAAUGAUGAUUCCGAUCAUUCCUGUGCUAGUACCUCUUCUACGACAAAUGCUAUUGUUAGUUCUAAUGAUAAACAUGAAAUAUGCUAUAAUUAUUUAGAUGAUUUAAAUAUUAAAGGUUGCGUAUCUUUAUCUGGUAUGAUAAUAUUAAAAACAUCAUGGAAUGCUGGAAACAAAUCAUUUAAAUAUUUGUAUUUACCUGCAACAAGGUUCCUGUCUUGUGUUGCGCCUCAUAAACGAACUUCGUCAUCACGUUAUAAAAAGUCCGAACAUCAUGCUAAUAUAUGUAAAUAUGAUAAAUUUCGAAAUAGUGAUGAAGUAAAAUAUAAAUGUAUUUCUGAACUUAUAAAAGGAACGAUCACAUUGAAUUGUAAUAUUAAAUAUAUGCCAAAGGAUAUUCCUUUAUUAUUUGUGCAUUCAAAAGAUGAUAGCUCGUGUUCUUAUGAGGGGGCAGUUUCAUUUUAUAAUAAAGUAAAUGCUCAUAACAAAAAAUUUCAUUCUGUUGAUGGCAUGAAUCAUGCUAUAACGAUAGAGGCAGGAAAUGAAGACAUUUUAAAAGCAAUUGUUGAUUGGAUUUCUGAUGUAAGAAGCAAUUGCGAAUACGAAAUAGAAGAUGAAUAA